UGAUGGUGCCACUAGUGAAAUUAUGUGUGGAUAGUUAAGAGAAUAAAUGCUCUUUAUAUUUAUGGUGUGUCAGUGUUAUGUAGCUGAUUAUCUGUCUAUUUAGUACCCUUGUUGAAAAGUGAUGCUCUAUGUAAUAUGAAUUUAAAGUUGGGGAUUUAAAGUUUCAUUACAUUAUGGGCUGGAAGAGUCUUUUCCUUUGUCGGCCAGUUUUCUAUAGAAACUCAUCAGCCAACUGUCCUUAUACACCCAGAUAAAGGGCUCUGACAGCAGGUGUGACCUGCAGCCACAGAAGGGCCUGCUUCAGCUAGCUUAAAUAUUUAAGCAACCACUGAAUAAUUCAUCACUGCUGGCUUUGUUUAUGGGCACACGUGUGUCCAAGUUAUUUAGACAGUGAAGGUGCGCUCUUAGUGACAGGACAGCAGAUUUUUUUCCCCCAAUAGGAGCCGGAUGGUUACAGUCAGUGUAUUGAUUUUAUUAACUACGCUUCAUAGUCUGCUUGUGACUGCCACAUCUAAUCAAGAUACUUAGGACUCACAAGCUCCGUAAUCUGCCAGGUGCAUACGCUACAGAUGUAAUCUCAGGUGACCAGGUCAGCGGAGGAGAGAGCUUGGAGAAAAGACAAGCAGAUUAGCUGAGAAAAUGUUGACGGAGCAGUUUCCUCGCUGCCAUGCAUUGGAAGUUAAUACUGUGACAACAUCACAUGCGUCUCCCUGAACGUUUUCCAAUGCGUGAUGCUAAAAUACCUGUGUGACGUCAGAUCGCUAGUGGCUUUGAUAUCACAGAAAAGGAAUGGUUUUUUUUGUUUGUUUUGCUUUUGCGUUUUUUCUUAAAGACUUGAAUAAGCACCAGCCAAGCUUUUCAUCAGCUGUAGGCGACUAAGUAGGUCUAAGGAAAUCUCUCCAUGCUUCAGAGAAAGAGAAGGUGCUGCAGCCUAGAAGUUUUUCCAGAGGAAACAUCAGUAGAUGCCUCUCAGAUGCUCCAUGUGCUUUUGUUGUUGUUGUAAGACACGAAAACCCAGCAGGUAGGCUAGCAUUUACCACAGCUGUAGCUUCAAAUGGUAUAGUGUUAAUAAACAAAAAGCAGACGCUUCUAAUUUAAAGCCUAACACUGCUGAGCUGAGCUUUAUUGGCUGUUGAGGACACCAUGUUUGCCUUUGUUCAGAAAUUAUAGCCUACCGGUACGGUGAGACAAGCUACUGUGUUUGGUGUUUGUGCGUCAUUUCAGCGGCACACAAUAGACUAUGUAAGCUGUUGCUUCAUGUGAGGAAUCCAAACUAGAUUGUGAUUCUUUCUUGGGCUGUUUUUGCGAGCUUUUAGAUAACUACUGGGUGGGAACAAAAGGAACACUUGAGAUAAACAAGCUGAAUAGAUUUUGUGUGAAGCUAAUCUCUACCCAAUGAAACGGUUUCCUGAAAAACAAAAGUGGAAUGUGGACGAGCUUUUGCUAUGCUCGGAUAUGUUGCUCAGUCUUUCAUCCACAGAUAAGACAGCAGCCAUUGUCUGAUGCUGCUUUCAUCUGGCUUUAAAACGCCAAAGCCCUGCCUCAUACACAGCAUCUUGAAGCGAGAUCAUUCGGUUGUUAGAGGAGCCACUUCAAAGUGCUCGUUAAAAUGAUAUUUGUUAUUGAUUUGAUGGGCUAGAGAAAGCCAUGUCAUUAUGUUUUGAAAUGUAACCUUGAACCUGACUUUUUUUUUUUACUUACUUUAAUGUUAGAAAGCAAGAAUGCUGAUGUCACAAGCUGUUUUGUGGAGAUUAAUAAGAUUAAUUCUUAAGAAGCAAAUCACAAAUCACUGUAGCUGUGACAUCUGUGAUUAUACAUUUGUAGCACAAUUAAGAACGGUUGGAAGUCCUGUAAAGCAUACACAGCUUGUAGUUAAAACAUACAGAUCCACAAGCAUGAAUCUUUUCAGCCACAACACAAACUUUAAAAACUGUUUUUAAAUCUGAAGCAGCAUUAGUAAACAGGAGAAUGAUGAACACUGAGGGUUCGACUUUGCUUCACUGUAAAAAGAGAAAACUUUACUUUCUGUGGCGUGUUAAAAGGAUGUGAGAUCUACCAUCAUAAACAACCCCCAGUUCGAACCAUUGUUCUCUGGAGGUGGAAGGAAGUAGCAAAACAACAUUCCCUGCCGAAAGCUUCGAAAGACAUUCAGUCGCGAGUGCAGUCCGGUCAUUUGGCUGUAGGUUACAGCAGAUGAAGAUUUGUUUUCCCCCUUUCUCUUCAGCUUUGUUUCCACUGUUGUAUUUCUUUAUUCUACACACUGAUGGAGGUCUCCUGCCUGGAGCUGGCGUUGGAGGGUGAGCGGCUCUGUAAGGUGGGCGACUACAGAGCAGGCGUCUCCUUCUUUGAAGCCGCCAUCCAAGUGGGCACAGAGGACCUACAGGUGCUCAGCGCUAUCUACAGCCAGCUUGGCAAUGCCUACUUCCACCUGCACGACUACGCCAAGGCCCUGGAGUUCCAUCGACACGAUCUCACCUUGACCAGGACAAUCGGUGACCUGCUUGGAGAAGCCAAAGCAAGUGGAAACCUUGGUAACACGUUAAAGGUUCUGGGGCGAUUUGAUGAGGCUGUGGUUUGCUGUCAGAGGCACUUGGACAUCGCCAGGGACAUUAAUGACAAGGUGGGGCAGGCGCGAGCUCUCUAUAACUUUGGGAACGUAUACCAUGCCAAAGGGAAAAGCAUCUGUUGGAGUGGAGCUGAGCCUGGAGAUUUUCCAGAAGAGGUGAUGACAGCACUGAGGAAGGCAGCAGAGUAUUAUGAGGCAAACUUGGCGAUAGUGAAGGAGCUCGGAGAUCGAGCCGCCCAGGGCCGAACUUACGGCAACCUCGGCAACACGCAUUACUUGCUGGGCAACUUUCGCAAAGCCGUGUCUUCUCACGAACAGCGUUUGCUUAUUGCGAAGGAGUUUGGGGACCGCUCAGCAGAGAGACGGGCUUACUGCAACCUGGGGAACGCCUACAUCUUUUUGGGGGAAUUUGAAAUAGCAGCUGAGCAUUACAAGAGGACGCUGCAGCUGGCGAGGCAGUUGAAAGACCGCGCCGUGGAGGCCCAGGCCUGCUACAGUUUGGGCAACACCUACACACUUCUACAGGACUAUGAGCGAGCCAUCGACUAUCACCUCAAACACCUCAUCAUAGCUCAGGACCUCAAUGACAGGAUUGGGGAGGGCCGUGCAUGCUGGAGUCUUGGAAAUGCUCACACUGCACUCGGAAACCAUGACCAAGCCAUGCACUUUGCUGAGAAACACUUGGAAAUCUGCAAAGAGACUGGAGACAGGAGCGGGGAGCUGACGGCUCGUAUGAACGUUUCAGAUCUCCAGAUGGUUCUGGGUCUGAGCUACAGCACCAAUAACUCCACUCUGUCUGAAAACAAGGACAUAGACUACAACGUACACGGAGCGAGGCCCAGGAUGAGCAGACGACACAGCAUGGAGAACCUGGAGCUGAUGAAGCUCACUCCAGAUAAGAUAAAUGGCCAAAAGUGGAACAGUGACAUUCUGACCAAACAGUCCAAACCCUCCCUGGCUAAAAGCUCCUCCAAGCUGUUCUUUGUCAGCCGCCUGCGUGGGAAGAAGUACAAGGCUGGUGGCAGCAGUAAGGUCCUCCAAGACACGAGCAACACCCUGGACAGCAGCCAGAGUUCUGCACAGGGACCACAGAAACGGCUCAGUCCUGAUAUGCUCGGAGACGAGGGCUUCUUUGACCUGCUGAGCCGUUUCCAGAGCAACCGUAUGGACGACCAGCGUUGUUCGAUACAGGAUAGAGGCAGCAGGUUGUCGUUGAACAGCGGUCCAGAGUCGCCUCCCCGAGCCAUCAGGAAAUCUGUGUCAGAGUCCGUCAAUGUCUCGAGCGCCCAAGGCAGGCGGUUAGAGGAGUCGUCAGCAGCGGGGGGAAGCCUGCCCGGCCUCAGGCUCAAUCAGAACAGCAGCCAGGCCGUGCUCAGCCACCUGAUGGCCAGCGCUGACAACGCUGAGCCUGAUGAUGACUUCUUUGAUAUGCUUGUCAAGUGCCAGGGAUCCCGUUUGGAUGACCAGCGCUGUGCUCCUCCCCCUCCUCCGGUCCGAGGGCCCACUGUACCGGAUGAGGACUUCUUCAGCCUCAUCAUGCGCUCUCAGGCCAAACGGAUGGACGAGCAACGUGUCACUUUGCCUUCUGCUGCAAACACUACAGCCAGGCCCAGCACCAGCUCCAACUGAGCUAAACACUAAACGGAAAGACAGGUGGUGUUUUUAUUUCAGAAUUAUAAAUGAGUGGUGGUCACUCAAAAAAAAAAAAAAAAAAAAAAGCCCUCGUCUUUGUGGACAAAACAAAGCACUGUCAGCAUUAUAUGUAGUACUCACUAUGGAAGCAUCUCAGACAACAAGGACGCACAACUUUUAUACACCGACAAACUCACAGUAGUAUCAGGGACAAAAGUGUUGUUUUUAAUCUUUCUGUACUGCUGCACAUUUCAUUUCACCCCACAUGUAUUUUUCAAUACACAACUGCAGUUAUGUUUGUAUUUAUUGUACUUUUUGCGACUAUAAUUGUGGUCACUGCCGUCCCACCACUAUGAAGUAAAAUUAUUAUAGUCACAGUCUUGUAUGAGUCAGUGUGGAGACUGACCGAGGUACAGCACUCUUUUCAUGUAUUUUGUCUGUAUGCGAGGUUUUUGUUUGGUUCAAGAAUUCCAGAGUCAGGCAAAGGAAAAAUAACAAAAAGGUAUUUUAAGCAAACUUGUAAAAGAAUGAAUUUAACCCACGUACAGCCCUUUGUUCUUUUGUACUACAUGUUUCUAAUGAGGUCAGGGAAAUAAAACUUCAUUCAUA